CAGCGGCAUGAUUCAUACAGCUAUUCUGUCCACUUAUGUGUCUGCCUUCGAAAUAUCACCCCUCUAUCAAAACACUCGAAGCAGCUCGAUGCACAUUGCACCAUGCCAUCCACCACUCCCCCCGUAAGAAUCGUCGAGGUGGGCCCUCGCGACGGCCUGCAAAACAUCUCCCCCCCCAUUCCUACCUCUACCAAAUUGGAACUCAUCCAGCGACUGUAUAAGGCCGGUCUGCGGACGAUAGAACUGACGUCAGUCGUCUCCCCCCGGAGGAUUCCGCAGCUGGCCGACUGUCGCGAACUCUUGCAGCAUGACUCCGUCCACGCCCUCGCUACGGACCCAACCUUGCGAUUACCAGUCCUAGUUCCGAAUAGGAGAGGGUUGGAGGUGGCUUGUGAUUUAGGUGUUAAGGAGGUUGCGGUUUUUGUUAGUGCUACGGAGGGCUUCAGUCGAGCUAAUACCAACUGUACUGUUGAGCAAGGGCUUGCGAGGGCGCAGGAGGUUGCGGCUCGGGCUAUCGCGGAUGGGUUGGUGGUUAGAGGUUACGUAUCCUGCAUCUUCUCCGAUCCGCAUGACGGUCCCACGCCGCCCUCUGCUGUCCUCCGCUGUGUGCAAACUCUGCUCGAGGCGGGGUGCUACGAGGUCAGCCUGGGCGACACUUUGGGCGUGGGCAACCCUAGCCGUGUGCGCAGUCUAAUUCGGUAUUUGGUCGAUGCUGGCGUGCCGGUCUCAAACUUGGCCGGCCACUUCCACGACACGUACGGCCAGGCGGUCGCCAACGUGUGGGAAGCAUACACGUGCGGCGUGCGCGUGUUUGACAGCAGCGUCGCUGGACUUGGGGGAUGUCCGUUUGCGCCGGGGGCCAAGGGAAAUGUCGCUACCGAAGCAGUGGUUCGGUUGUUCCACGGCGCGGGGAUCGAGACUGGGAUUGAUCUGGGGAGUUUGGUGGAGACUGGGGUAUGGGUGUUGAAGCAGAUACCCGGUGCAGAUCCUCGCCAGGCGGCGGUCCUUUCCAGCAAACCCAGCAUAGCUUCGCAUUCGACGAGGUCACAUUGGCUGCACGGUCAUUUUCCGCAUUACGAGGGACAUUGGCCGUCCAUGCUAUCGGAGUUUAGCUGUGUCGGCACUGGACGAGAUUAGAUGUUGCUGAAUUGGUUGCGCUUACAUGUGCAGGCAGGUGCAGUGAAAAGAAAGCAGUUAUGAAACAGAUAGAUUUUUUCUUCGGCGGC